GACAACGCCCUGUCACCUCUCCCUCAUGCUCGUCCGUCAUCCCGCUCCACGUCUUGGUUGCAUCACAUCACCCCCACCCGACCUCCCUCAUCUCCCCCAUCCCAAUGACAGGAUCAGCACAGCAUCCCUCCACACGGACCGACAUGUCCGCCAGCGAGCCUCCUGAUCUUUUGUGUCCUCUCCUGCCUCGGGUCUCCUGGAUUCUAUUUCAUGUACUUCUAUCCGAAAGCCCUCCGAUGGUGAAACCGAGUGGGAACAUCUGGCGUUAUGGAUGGGAUUCGACCACCUCGGGACCAUCAUGUGAGAAUUUGGCUUCCCAAUAGAGGACAUUUUGACAGCAAGGUGCAUUUUAAAUCCCAUUUGAGCCGUUUGGAGAUCUUUGGCUGACUUGCAGAACACUUUAAGGCUGGUUUCAUGUUUAGAAACUUGCUGAAAGUGAAACGUGAACCCGCCGCUUUUUCAUCUUUGCAGGCGAGACGAGAUCCUCCAUCAUUCAGUGGAAAAAGUCACCUGUUUGCAAUUUUUGUGCGCGGAAUUAUUUGUUGAACAACCCAGGCUAAUUUUUGGGGGGAUAACCUAUCCUCGCUUAUUCAUUGAUUUUGCGCUCAGGCAAAAGUAUUUGUUUGCAAUAAAACUAGUGCUUUGGCGCCAAGUGGAGGCACUUCAGAUGGACAAAGGUAGGGCUUCACCGCAAUCUUCUAGGAUCCAAGGAACUACGCUGAAGUGAGUUGAGCACUUUCAUUUUGACUUCUUCCAUUUAAUGUAAUCUACAGACAACUUUUUGCACAUUGCUUUUUACAAUGCAAAUUAAAAAAGCCAAAGAACGAGUUAACGCUGUGGGCCAUUUUCUGUGAACAGCAAGAAAAUGGAAGAAAAAGAAGCGUGUGAAGAUCCAUUUUAAAUAAUUGAGGAGUGGUUGAAAGGCGACACCCGGAGUGAUUCUUCUUCUGGAAUUGGACACUGCUGCUGAGAAACAUUUGGGAGGUGAUCGCUGAAAUCCUGCUUGUGUUGGUCCCACUUUUUUUUUUUUUUUUUUGGUGGGGGCAUAACACAUUUUUUGGAGGCUCUGAACAUCAGUAACAUGUCUGCCUUGGUGAUGUUUAUACCGUUGGUCCUCCUCAUGGUGCUUCAAGCGGGCGUGUGCGCGGGCGCAUGCGUGGAGGUGGACUCAGACACGGAGGCGGUGGCCAACCAAGGCUUCAAGCUGGGCUGUAUCUCGUGUAAGAGGAGGGGCGAGGUCAUGGCCACGGCCAGCGUCACCUGGCUCUUCAAGGCCGCCGGCGACGCCGACUUCUCACAUCUGUACAGCUACGGGAAUGAGCGGGGCUGGAUUUUGGACGAGCGCUUUAUGUCGCGAGUGCAGUGGCGCGGCAGCAGACGGACGCUGGACCUCCAGGACGGCUCCAUCUACAUCACCAACAUCACCUUCAACGACAGGGGCAGCUACAAGUGCGUUUUCAGCCGUGUGCUCGUCUACAACGACUACACUUUCCGCUCCAACACCAGCAAGAUCAUCAACGUACGCGUGGUGCCCAAAAUGACGAGGGGCGUAGCGUCCAUCUUGUCUGAGGUGAUGAUGUACGUGGCCAUCAUCGGCCUGCAGCUGUGGCUUCUGGUGGAGAUGAUCUACUGCUACAGAAAGAUCUCAGCGGCCGGCGAGGAGGCCUUGAGGGAGAGCGCGGCCGAGUAUUUAGCCGUAGCGUCUGAAAACAAAGACAACUGCGCCGAUGCGCAGGAGGCAGAUUAACACAUGAGUGGGAAAGUGCUGGCGCAGAGAUGGAUUUUCACAUCCACCUUCAGCAUCACCGUCUCCUCCGCGACAACACGCCAGGACAGGAGUGUGACGCUCCAUUCCAGCCACUUUAUCCAACUGUACAACAAACAGUGUGCGUGUUUUACGUAUUUUAAUAGUAGCCGCUAGAGGGCAGCAAAGCACCGCCUUGCACUGCCUAACAGGAAAAGGGGCAAAAAUAAAACAAGACUACCGUAUGAAAUAUCGGAUUUAUUUUUACAACAAUGUUGGAAAAUAGAGCAUAUACCAUUUUGCUGAGUUCUAAGGAAAAAGGGGUUUG